UAAUAGAUCUUAACCAUGAAGAAGAGAUUGACAUUGUUAGAGCAAUCAUGACGAAGAAGGGCAAGAAGCAACUGAUGUCUUCAGCGCCGUGGAGGGGCGACGACACGGAAGACUUCCAAGACGCAAAGCUUAAACUCACGAGCCAGCCCGGUGCCACUUCAACCAUGCACGUUCCUCGCACCAAGUCAACUAAUCACAACCAAGACGACGAGUCCAUCGAGAUUGAUCCUGAGCUACGCUACAGCUUCCAGCGCAAUUUUCAGUUUCUUCAACGAGUUUUUAGCAUUGACACUGUGGUGAAACCUCUUCCUCCUGCCAUGGCAUACAAUGUCUCUCGGAACUUGAACUUCUUCACACGCAUUUUUACACAAUUCUUUGAUCCCGAAGGUAUUGCAAAUGCCCAGAAAUCCUUGGGCAUAGGACAAGAAGAGAAAGUUCGCAAAGUUCGCUGAAGAAAAUCCGGGAAGACACCCAACAAAAAAGAACAAGAAAAUGGGAAGAACGUAGAAGAGCAAAUAGAAUUAUUAUUUAUGAUUUUUUUUUUUUUUUUUUGGAUAAACAUGUAUCCUCGAGAGGCCAUUCUGUGGGGUGGGUCUAGAAUUAAAAAGGCUUUAAACUUCUCUUAAAGAUGUUAUUAUUUAUGAUUAAUUUCUUCUUAUUUGAUCACUUGUGGAAUUAUUUAAUUAGUUUGUCAUGAAAUUUAGUUAAGUAGAUUUGAUU